GGUAGAUGGCGGUAACCCAAGCAAGCUGAUCCAGCGAGCAGGGGAGGGCUCUCGGCCACUCGGGCUCCGGUGUUUGCGGCAGGAGGAGCAGCAGCGGCGCCGAAGCACUGUGAAGGACACCAGGAGAGCUGAGCGGCACCUCUCCGGCUCGAGCCCCCUUCCACCUCCCCGGCCCCCCUCCUUUAGCGCACGCAGCCAUGGAGGACAAAGCCAACUCGUUCUCCGGCGCCAAGGAGGAGAAGGCGGACGGGAAUAACGCCUUCCAGCGGCAGGACUCCAUCCAGAAGAACAACAGCGCGGGCGGCCAGAACACCAAGGAGCACGGCAACUCGGUGGGCUUUAAGGGGGAGCGCGACGAGGCCAUGGUGGGCUUCGACGACCUGGAAGCGGCGGCCAGGCAACACGGGUUCAUGCAGAGGCAAUUUGGGGCUAUGAUGCAGCCCGGAGUCAAUAAGUUCUCCCUGCGGAUGUUCGGCAGCCAGAAAGCGGUGGAGAAGGAGCAGGAGCGGGUGCAGACGGCCGGCUACUGGAUCAUUCACCCGUAUAGCGAUUUUAGGUUCUAUUGGGACUUGAUAAUGCUCAUCAUGAUGAUGGGGAAUCUAAUCAUCAUUCCUGUGGGAAUAACCUUCUUCUCAGAGCAGACCACCACCACCUGGCUGGUGUUCAACGUGGCCUCGGACACCAUCUUCUUGGUGGACCUGGUCAUGAACUUCAGGACGGGCAUCGUCAACGAGGAGAGCUCUGAGAUCAUCUUGGACCCUAAGGUCAUCAAGAUGAACUACUUGAAGAGCUGGUUCGUGGUGGACUUCCUGUCAUCCAUACCGGUGGAUUAUAUCUUUUUGAUCGUGGAGAAAGGCUUCGACUCAGAGGUGUACAAGACGGCCCGCGCUCUACGCAUCGUCCGCUUCACCAAGAUCCUCAGCUUGCUGCGCCUCUUGAGACUGUCUCGACUCAUCCGAUACAUUCAUCAGUGGGAAGAGAUCUUCCAUAUGACCUAUGACCUGGCAAGCGCUGUGGUACGAAUAUUUAACUUAAUAGGCAUGAUGUUGCUGCUAUGCCAUUGGGAUGGCUGCCUCCAGUACUUGGUGCCUCUGCUCCAAGACUUCCCGCCGGACUGCUGGGUGUCGCUAAACGGUAUGGUUAACGUGUCCUGGGGCAAGCAGUACUCGUACGCCCUUUUCAAAGCCAUGAGCCACAUGCUGUGCAUCGGCUACGGCGCCCGGGCACCGGUGAGCAUGUCGGACCUUUGGAUCACCAUGCUGAGCAUGAUCGUGGGCGCCACGUGCUACGCCAUGUUCGUGGGCCACGCCACCGCCCUCAUCCAGUCGCUGGACUCCUCGCGACGACAGUACCAAGAGAAGUACAAACAAGUGGAGCAAUACAUGUCCUUCCACAAGCUUCCAGCGGACAUGCGGCAAAAAAUACACGACUACUAUGAACAUCGCUACCAGGGCAAGAUCUUCGACGAGGACAACAUCCUUAGCGAACUCAAUGACCCGCUCAAAGAGGAAAUUGUCAACUUCAACUGCCGCAAGCUGGUGGCCACCAUGCCGCUGUUUGCAAACGCCGACCCCAAUUUUGUGACGGGGAUGCUAAGCAAGUUGAAGUUUGAAGUCUUCCAGCCCAACGAUUACAUCAUUCGCGAGGGCACCGUCGGCAAGAAAAUGUACUUCAUCCAGCACGGCGUCGCCAGCGUCAUCACCAAGUUCAACAAGGAGAUGAAGCUGACUGACGGGUCCUACUUUGGAGAAAUCUGCCUUCUCACCAAAGGUAGACGGACAGCCAGCGUGCGGGCCGACACCUACUGCCGCCUCUUCUCGCUGUCUGUGGACCACUUUAACGAGGUUUUGGAGGAGUACCCCAUGAUGCGGCGGGCCUUCGAAACGGUCGCCAUCGACCGCUUGGAUCGCAUCGGGAAGAAGAACUCAUUGCUGCUGCAGAAAUUCCAGAAGGACCUGAACGCCGGCGUUUUCAACACGCAGGAAAACGAAAUCUUGAAGCAGAUCAUUCGCCAGGACCGGGAGAUGGUGAUGAUGGUAGACCGCAAGCAGUCGCUCAGCGGGAUGAACUCGACACCGAUAUCCGGCAAUUCCAUUAUUAACUCACCAGCGCAGCCGCCCUUCUCCGCUGCCUUCGGGAUGAGUCAGUUUCAGCAGUCGUCGGUACCAUUGACCUACAGUGCUUCAGCUAUCGCUAACGCUUCCGCCGCUCGCAUGCUGCCGGCCGCGGCCGCCGCGGCUCUCUACCCCGCUGCCAGCGUUUCCCACCUUGGUUCAUCCUCUGCCAACCCGCAGACGCCGCUCCAAGGGGCCAUCAUGUCGCCGUGCUCUUUCACGGCCGCCAUGUGUAGUCCACCGAUACAGACGCCACUAGCUAGUCGUAGCUUCCAGUAUGGCUCUCCCACGGCGUCCCAGCUGUCGCUCAUCCAGCAGCCUGUCGGCCAGUCGUCCCUCGCCGGGCAGCAGCCGCAACUUAGCCAGCAGCCGCCCGUGUCGGGCUCAGGCGGUAGCGUGACGCAGCAGCAGUCGUCUCCGAAUCAGCAGCGGGUCCCUUCGCCCCAGCGAGGGGACAUCCACAAGAGCACGCAGGCUCUGCAGUCGGGCAGUUUGAGUCGAGACGUGCGACACUUGUCAGCCUCGCAGCCGUCCCUUCCCCACGACGUGUCGCUCGGGCCUCGGGCUCAUCAGGCCUCAGGUGAUUCGCUGGCCUCCAUCACGUCACCCGCAGCAACGGUGGCGCCGGCGGGCAUUCAAGGGUUGAGUCUUCAAAGCGGCAUCCGCACCACAGUUCCCCAGCGGGUCAAUUUGUUCCGGCAGAUGUCGUCAGGAGCCCUGCCACCUGUGCGCUCCACAUCGGCGGCAGUAGCGGCGGCGGCGGCAGCGGCCUCAGCCUCGUCGUCAUCAGGCCAGCACAGGGAAUCCCCUGGCUCUCGGAGAGAUUCUGUCCUGAGCAGUACAGAGACUGAGCAAGACAAAAUGCGCUUUGCAUCUAAUUUAUGAUCCCAUUUAUUCUUUCUUUUUGAUUUUAUUUAUUUUUUUAACCACGGAGGAGCUCCAAUCUACUUCAGCGUUUUCUCUUCUCAGAUAACCUCAUUGUAAUCGUGUACAUACGAAGCCCUUGUAUUAUAUUUUAGACAUGUUGUCACCCUACUUAAGAAUGUAUAUUAUACAGAUAAUCUCUUUUUCUUUAAUGCCAUAUCUAUGAAAAUAUACACAUAUCUGGUAUAUGGCCUGUAUAUGUGUGUGUGUGUGUGUGUGUGUGUGUGUGUGUGU